AACCAGACACACGCUGCUUGCUUUGUGUCGGGGGGUGGGUGGGUGACGGACCCCUCUAGGGUUGGCCUGUGAGGUUUAGUGUCCUGUGCCCCCCCCCAUUUCCCAAACUAACCCCAGGAGACUGCUGGAGAGAGGACAGAAGGAAAGAGAGGAGAAUCAAGCUCUUGCUUUCCUUCUUGACGUCUCUCCUCUGGGCCCAUCAUCUACGAUCCUUCACGACUUUCUUCUCAAUUUUCUCUGCUGGCUCCUUUACCCAUGGCAACGUCACCAGCAGACACGGGGCCUCCACCUGAAGUUGAGACUACACCAGCAGAACCCUCAGAGCCGGUAUGUUCUACCACCGUGGUGGUGGUAGAGGAGCCAGAGCCAGCUCAGGAGGCUACUGUUUCAGAGGUGGAACCAUCUGUGACCAUCCAAUCAAAUUCUUCAUCUCUCAAUGAUUUGAAGGCCCAACCAGCUGCCAAUGGAGGACCCCGAGCCCCUAGUCUGACAGGCUCAGAAGUACGACUGGCUCAAGCCGCUUCAAAUUCUCCUCGGCCAAGUCUCUGUCGACAUGGGUCUACUGCCACUGCCAGCGCUGUCGAGGCAGAAAAGCCAAAGGACUAUCUGUUCAUUGCCAUUCUGUCUUGCUUUUGUCCUAUGUGGCCAGUCAACAUCAUUGGCUUUGUGUAUUCCAUCAUGUCCCGUAACAGCCUCCAACAAGGUGAUGUGGACGGGGCCCUCAGACUGGGACGGGUGGCCAAACUGUUAAGUAUUGUGGCGUUGGUGGGUGGACUUCUGAUCAUCACUGUGUCCUGCGUCAUCAACUUUGGAGGUAAGUGGUGAAAAUCAUACAACACAAUGGAGAAAAGGAGAUUAUGAGUAUACUGUAUAUGUGUAUAGGUCAACCUAGUAAACAAAUGCUUCAUGGAUGGAUAUAUAGGUGAGAUACGUAGAAGAUAAAUAAGAGAUACGUAGAUAUAAAAAUCAAAUAUUUAUGAUCUAGAUAUGAGAUACAUGUAAAAGAGACAGGCAGGGUAUAGAUAUGAGAUAGAGCCAGGCAUGUCCUCCCAUUAAUCAGGCACAAUAAAGAGCCCUCAUGUCAGAGCUGGGGUUGGCUGCCGGUGGCAGGAUCCAUGAAGCGUGACAAACAGGACACGCUCUCUCUCUUGUGAUUUCACUUUCCAUCAAUCUCUAUUCUAUCCAUUCAAUCCUUCGCAGGCUCUUCUCCUUCUCUGGUCCCGUUACAUUCAGGCACAUAUACCACACAGCCUUACAUUUCAUUCACUAUGGCUGUGUAUACGGUGUCGUGUCUAGGCAGCAUUCUCUCCUGGUGUUUAAUUCAUAGUAAAUUUACAGGAUGUGUUCCCCUUAGUAUUCAUUAAGUUAUGAACAUGGCUGUCAUCCGUGAGGAGACCACGGGAAUCCAACCAAUUUUCGGGGGCGAAGAUGCGGACUUUCACUGUUUGCUGUGGGACAGCCGUAAUGAUUGUUCUUGUGGAUGAUCUGAUUGGAGCCUACCCUAAACUGCACGGACAUGAGAAUUCCUCAUCACGUUUGUGGCCUGGGCUCAUCCAUGCCUUUUAGUCGUCCUGGUCAAUGUUCAGGCUCACACAUCAUUUUUGUGACUGUCUCCACCCAUCCUGUUCCCGGUUGUCGUCCUUUUCUCCCCUCUACCCCACAUACUUUCAAUUUCUCAUGGGUUGGAUCUUCUCACAAUAAUCCAUAAUAAAAUGCAGCUUCAGGCUGUAAAUCUGCGUUUCAUGUGGUAGGUUUGGAUGACGGCUCUGUCUUACCAUUUUUGCCAUCAUCGGGUGUUGAUUCAUGUCUCAUCCUGCUUCUGAGGGCGCAGUCACUCGAUCAGGAUUCCUGAU